ACAGAGGAACAUUUGAAAUCAAACAAGCCGGGUUUAAGGGAAGAGGUAGCUCCCUAAGUACAUUUCAGGUGGAAUUCUUUGUCGACUCUGUAUCUUGCUUUAUUCGUAUUUACCUAUCUAUAAUAUCGACGCCAGUUAAUUUUCGCCUCAACGCUAGAGUGGUUUUACCUUAUGUAUGUAGCUACGAACGACAACUCAACCGUUAGCUUCUAAGUUAGCCAGCUAGCUAACGCUACCAGCUCCAGAGCUGCUCUGUUUGAAUUCUGGAUAAAGUACCAGGCAGCGGUUGCUCUCGGUCUCCGUGCAAUAAUAUAUUUAGAAAAUGGACGCUUCUGCCAGGGCCAAGCUGACAGAGAUGAAACUUCAGAGGCCUGAAGUGAAGUCAAAUGGUGAUGGACCAAAGCGGAUUCCUGUGACCCAACAGUCACAGAUGACUCAAAAGGCUUCAGUCACACCAACUCAGCAUCAAAGAGUCCUGGGUGUGUCAAAUGGUCCUAAGCGCAUUCAGCGACCUGUGAGCCAUCAGAAACCAGUAUCUCAUGUCAAUGUUGUCAAGUCCACACACCUAGCUGAUCAGAAUGUGAACCCUGCUACUCAAAAUGUAAAUCCUGCACCACAGCCCAAAUCUAGUUCCCAGCAAAAGAUGAAUGAGCCCAGGGUGAACCCGGAGGGAACCAAACCAGCAACAGAAUUGGAAAAGCCUGAGAAGCCACGGAAAAUGCCUGCCAAGAAUGAUUCUGCAAGAGUCUCUGAAUCAAAGAAGCGAUGGAGCCUGGAAAACUUUGACAUUGGUCGCCCCCUAGGAAAGGGUAAAUUUGGCAAUGUCUACCUGGCCAGAGAGCGACAAACCAAGUUUAUCUUGGCCCUGAAGGUGCUCUUCAAGAAGCAGCUGGAGAAGGCGGGGGUGGAGCACCAACUGAGGAGAGAAGUGGAGAUCCAGUCUCACCUCAGGCACCCCAACAUCCUGCGCCUCUAUGGCUACUUCCACGAUGCAUCUCGUGUGUAUCUCAUCCUCGAGUUUGCACCCAGGGGAGAACUCUACGGUGAGCUGCAGCGCUGUGGAGGUUUUUCUGAGGAGAGAAGUGCAACAUACAUGAUGGAGCUGGCCGACGCCCUCAAUUACUGCCACUCCAAGAAGGUGAUCCACAGGGACAUCAAACCAGAGAACCUCUUACUGGGGGCCAACGGCGAGCUGAAGAUUGCAGACUUUGGCUGGUCUGUUCAUACACCCUCCUCCAGGAGGUCCACUCUGUGUGGUACACUGGACUACUUGCCUCCAGAGAUGAUUGAGGGAAAAACUCAUGAUGAGAAGGUGGAUCUGUGGAGUCUGGGUGUCCUUUGCUACGAGUUCCUGGUUGGACACCCCCCAUUUGAAGCAAAAAGUAACGAGGAGACCUACCGCAGGAUAUCAAGGGUGGAGUACACUUACCCUCCACAGACCAAUUUCAGUGCUGGAGCCAAAGACUUGGUUGCCAGGCUGCUGAAACACAACCCCAUGCACAGGUUACCCAUCGAGGGGGUCCUGUGCCACCCCUGGGUGGUUGAAUACUCCACCAAGAAGCCCAAAGCCUUGAACAGUGAAGAGCCCAGCCAGUGAGCGUUUUGGUUUCUCUCCACCCAACAUCUUGGGGAUGUGAAGGUGAAGCGUUGCGGUCAGAGCAAAUGGCCGGUGUGGAACAUGAACAUCGGCACGGCUGAUGACAGAAUCUGCUUUUACUACUACACUGACUACAAAUCACUUCACUUCAAGUGGAUGUUUUUGUCUGCAGGCAUCUUGAGCCAGUUGGUCACCGUUUGUCUUUCUAUCUUUAAAGUUUCCUUGUAUUACCAAUGGCAUUCUUUUGCCUGUAAAUAUUUCACUGUUGUUUUUUCUGUAUAAUUAUGAAAAUUUUUAUUGACCUUUUAUUAAAAUGCCAUUACUUGAAAUGAACAAAUUA